AUGGCUCCCAAGAAGAAGGGAGGUAAGCGUCAGGAGGACGACUGGGAAGCAGACCUCGGCGAGGCUGCACCCGGGGUAGCCGAAGCGCCAGCUGAAACGAACGGCGAUGCCGAAGCCAAUGGCGACGACGCAAUGAGCGGAGGUCUUCUUGCAGCUCUCAAGAAAAACCGAUCGAAGAAGGCCAAGAAAGGAAAGGUAGUAGACAAUGACUGGGAGGCAGAGCUUGGUGAGGAUCCCACCAAAGCAGACACAAACGGCGAUGCUGCCGUCGAUCUCGCUAGCAAAGCACCCCAGGAGGGUACAUUCGAUGACGAGGACGACGUUUUCUCCGGCCGGCCAAAGAAGGCUGCUCAGCAAGCUCCAAAGGAACAAUCUAAAGACGAGGAUCAGGGUGGCGGUGGGUUGAAAUCAAAGAAGGAGAAGGAGAAGGAAAAGAAAGAGCGUGAGAAGCAGCGGAAGAAGGAACAGGCGGCAAAGAAGAAGACUGCUGCACCUGCUGCGCCUGCCAAGCAAGAACCAGCAAAACCAGUGGUCGAAGUAGAAGAAGAGCCAACCCCGGCUCCAUCGAAAGCAGAGCCUGCCGGAAAGAAAAAGAAGAUCCCGCCCCAUCUCGCCGCUAUUCAAAAACAACAAGAAGCUUUGAGAAAGGAACGAGAGGAAGCCGAACGCCUUGAAAAGGAAUUGAAGGAGGCAGACGAACAGCAACGUCGUCAGAUUGAGGAGGAGGAGAAAAAGAAGGAAGAAGCACGUCAACGCAAGAAAGAAAAGGAGAGAGAAAAGAAGGAGCAAUUACGCAGAGAAGGCAAGCUUCUGACCAAAGCCCAGAAGGAACAAAAAGAGCGCAAUGAGCUGCGUAUGAGACAGAUGCUGGAAGCUGGUGUUGGUCAUGUCGCUGGUCUGGAUUCUACUGAUAAAGGUGAGAAGAAAAAGACUGUCGUGGUCAACCGCAAGAAGAAGGCAGCGAAGAAAGAUGAAGUGGACCUUGAGGCUGCCGCCGCCAGAGCACAAGCUCAACGUGAAGCUGAGGACGAAAAGCGAAGAAAGGAAGAGGAGGAAAAGGCCAAACAGGAGGCAAAAGCCGUCGAGGCCGAUAAAAACGAAAGUGAACUUGAAGAUUGGGAAGCGGCUGUUGACGCUGGCGAUAAUGUCAAAGAUAGCUGGGAUGCUGACUCCGAUGACGAAGCACAAAAUACUAAGGAAAUCGCAAACAAACAGAAGGCCAAUGGAUCUGCCAAGCCCUCUGCUCUGGACGAAGAAAAUGAAGCUGAAUCUAGCUCAGAAGAAGAAAGUUCUUCUGAGGAUGAAGAUAUCAGUGCUGCCCAGAGAGCUGCUGCCCAAAAGAAACAGGAAGCUGCAGAUAGACGCCAGAAGAAGCACGAAGAAGCUCUCGCUGCGCGGUCAAAGGAUAACUUGCGUUCUCCUAUUUGUUGUAUUCUGGGUCACGUCGAUACUGGAAAGACUAAGUUGCUUGACAAGAUUCGACAGACAAACGUCCAGGAAGGCGAAGCCGGAGGUAUCACGCAACAGAUUGGUGCUACUUAUUUCCCUGUCGAUGCUUUGCAGCAAAAGACCGCCGUCGUGAACAAAGAUGGUUCCUUUGAAUUCAAAAUUCCAGGUUUGCUGGUUAUCGAUACUCCAGGUCACGAGUCUUUCUCUAACUUGCGUUCACGUGGUUCGUCCCUUUGCAACAUUGCCAUCUUGGUGGUUGAUAUUAUGCACGGGUUAGAGCCGCAGACACUCGAAUCUAUGCGUCUUCUUAGGGAUCGUCGUACGCCCUUCAUUGUUGCACUGAACAAGAUCGACCGUCUUUAUGGAUGGAAGAAGAUCGACAACAACGGCUUCCGUGAAAGUUUGGCAAUGCAGAGCAAGGGCGUUCAGAACGAAUUCAAAUCUCGUCUUGAACAGACUAAGGUUGCGUUUGCUGAACAGGGAUUUAACUCGGAACUUUUCUGGGAAAACAAGUCGAUGUCUAAAUUUGUCUCACUUGUGCCAACAUCAGCACAUACGGGUGAAGGUAUUCCGGACAUGUUGAAGCUUCUUACUAUCUUGACACAGGAACGCAUGACGAAUUCUUUGAUGUAUCUGUCGGAGGUUGAGUGUACAGUGUUGGAGGUGAAGGUCAUUGAAGGUCUUGGUACAACGAUUGAUGUGGUCUUAUCCAAUGGUAUUUUGCGAGAAGGUGACCGGGUGGUUCUUUGCGGUCUGAACGGGCCUAUAGCAACGAAUAUUCGAGCACUAUUGACUCCAGCACCGCUUAAAGAACUUCGGCUGAAGUCUCAAUAUGUUCAUAACAAGGAGGUCAAAGCUGCUCUUGGUGUCAAGAUUGCUGCUAAUGACCUGGAACAUGCCAUUGCGGGAUCCCGCCUUCUUGUGGUCGGUCCUGAAGACGACGAAGAGGACCUGGAGGAAGAAGUCAUGUCAGAUCUUGAGAACUUGCUUAGCAAGGUCGCCAAGGAUCAGCGCGGUGUUACCGUGCAGGCAUCUACACUGGGCUCGCUCGAAGCCCUGCUCGAGUUCCUUAAACAGUCAAAGAUUCCAGUCUCCAACAUCUCCAUUGGCCCUGUCUUUAAACGUGAUGUAAUGCUUGCGGGAACCAUGUUGGAGAAGGGUCUCAAGGAAUUUGCAGUCAUGCUUUGCUUCGACGUCAAAGUCGACAAAGAAGCUCAAGCGUAUGCAGACGAGGUUGGCGUUAAGAUUUUCACAGCGGAUAUCAUUUACCACCUGUUCGAUGACUUCACCAAACACAUGGCCCAAAUCACCGAACAGAGGAAAGAAGAGUCCAAGCUGCACGCUGUUUUCCCCGCUGUGCUGAAGACAGUAGCUGUGUUCAACAAGAAAGACCCGAUUGUUGUCGGUGUGGAUGUUAUCGAGGGUAGUUUGAAACUGCUGACUCCCAUCGCAGCUGUCAAACAGAAUCCGACAACGGGUCAGAAGGAAAUUAUCCAUCUAGGUCGAGUGGCAUCCAUCGAGCGUGAACACAAACCCAUUCAGGUUUGCAAGCGCGGCCAGCCGUCCGUCGCGGUCAAGAUCGAAGGCGUCAACCAGCCCUCGUAUGGCCGUCACCUAGAAGAGAGCGACACCUUGUACUCCGAAAUCUCGCGAAAGAGUAUCGAUACAUUGAAGGAAUUCUACAGACCGGAUGUUACGAUGGAGGAAUGGGGUCUGAUUAAAAAGCUCAAGCCCCUCUUCGACAUUCCAUAA